AUGGAUAAGAAGAUAGUGCGCAAAGGGCCGCUGCCUGGGGGUAGCCGGGGCGCGUCUGGAGCUGGCGCUGGACGCGGCAGCAUGCGGGUCGCCAGCCGAGCGCGAGGAGCUGCACGGUCACCUAGCAGCCCUCCGCAUCCAUCAUCCCCACCAGAUGGCUUGGUGUCGGCUGGGUCUUCUCGGACUCAGCAAGCGGCACCCGCCGCUGGUGGAGCACGUCGCAUGCGUUGGUCACAAGCAAUGAAUGCAAACGCAUUGCGGGCGUACUUUAGGGCAAAAGGGGAAGAAACUGGACGUUUGGCGUAUCGGGCUAGGAUGCAUCGUCUUUUUGCUGAGCUGGAGCCAUCUUUAACCGUCACAGAGCAAAACCUGGCAGACCGCGUUCGGUAUAACUUGCGCUCAAAUAUAUUUGAUGUCGCCGAACUCGAACGGCUACGACGUGAGGCUGUUCCCUCGUCGGAUGAGAAUGCUACGGCUGAGGAUGCGGCGCCACAAAUGGUAGAGCAACCCGCAAACGUGGAUGCCGCCGUGAAUACCCCAGUUGUGGUUGAUUCAAACGAUGAUGGAACAGUCGCCCAGGAACUGGAAUUAGAGCAUAUGAGGAGUACAUUGGAAGAGGCGAUUGUGGAAAUGCGCAGUACGCCUCCCGAAAAUCGACCGCGACUUCCACGCAUAGCCCUAAGCAAGCGGAAUCGGGCUGUCGUGAGGGCUUUGAACCCAAUGCUGGUGACCUAUUUGGAAGCCAGCCGGGACCUUUGCGAGACGGACUCAAUUCUUUUUGGCGCCGCGCUGGCAACCUGCCGUAUCAUAGGCGCCAAGGUUUCCACGGCUGGACGCGCUACUGGCCAUAGUAGCGCUAUCCCAGCAUGGAGAAGAAGAAUUGAGGAACGUAUCGCAAAGGCUAGAGCUCUCAUCGGCAGACUGAUAUGCUUCAGAUCAGGCAACAACAGGCCAAGAAUUGUGCGCACCGUCAGGAUGGCGUUUGCUGGGACAAAUGUCAGUUUGUCCCAGCCGGAUAUAACGCAAAAACUGACGGAGCGCAUAGAUGAUCUGAAGCAGAGAAUCGCUGCUUGGGGAAAGCGGAUUCGGCGAUAUACCGAGAGGUCGACACGGUUCAACCAGAAUCGUCUCUUCCAGAGUGAUCAGAAGAGGCUCUAUGAAUCAUUGGAGCGACCAAUGGUAAGUGGAACGGGUCCAGCAUCGAAUCAGGCCGACACUGUAGCAUUCUGGCACGGCCUGUGGUCAGAGCCCGUAAACCACAGCGAGGGCCCUUGGACGGAAGUUGUGGCGAGUCAGUGUGCGGGUAUUACGCCCAUGGACCCCGUCAUCAUAACGCCGGAUGACGUAGCUGAGGCGGUCCGUGGGGCCCCGAACUGGAAAAGUCCGGGGCUUGACGGGCUGCAUCACUACUGGCUGAAAGGUUUCAUGGUGUGUCACUCUGUGCUCGCCCGACAGUUUCAAGAGGCUCUCAACCAGAAGUCGCUCCCAAGCCUCUUCACUACUGGGAUCACUCAUUUGGUUCCUUAA